AUGGCUAAUCUAGGGUCCUUGGGGUUCUCCGUCCAGCAGACUAACGACGCUGACAACGACUCGCACAAUGUUGGCCCAGAUCGCGCGAAUCUGAACGGUAGUCCCGCCGUCGAUGACUUAGAAAAUAAGCGCAUCACCGGUGUCGAAGAUCAGCUCGUUUCAGCAGACGUUAGUGUUAGCGGAGGGUCGGAUACGGAAGCAUCGCGGAAUGCCCGAGAUGGAGAGAAGGGCCACGGAAGGACGUCAUCGGCUGUCAAGAAGCCUGCGACAUUCAAGGCUGUGUCGGUCAACAAAAAGUUUUUGGCCUCGAAAGGCCCUACGAGUAUAGCUACGACCAAACCUGGCGAGAAGACCAACUCGACGACAAUCCUAAGCUCCUCGCCAUCGGGAAUCUCGACGCUGUCGUCGCGACCUAGACUUGUCGCAAAGUCGGGAACUGGCACGGGCUCCACCCCGCGCCUCAACCCGGCUGCGAAUGGCGCCCAACCCGCCUCUGGCCCUGACCCCAACGCCGUGUGGAACAAGAAUCGACCUGUUCCUGUCCCGGAACCCAAGAAGCUGACGGAUGAGGAACUUAAGAAGUAUGGCAUUCACAUGGCGAGCCGGCUGGCUCCGGAGAGUGGGCAGGCGCAAGGGAACUGGGCGGACAUAGAGGACGACGACGAUGAUUGGGCGCCUGAGACCAUUACCUGGACAGAUGGUACCAAGACCACGCUCCCGCACCCCGACGAAACGCCCGCGCCGCCGCCUGAGCCGAUCCCCGUACCGCCCAAAGAGAAGGCUAUAGAGAAACCGAAGUCACCAGCACCACCACCCCGCAACACCGCGUCGUCCUCCAUAAAGCCCGGAGGGCUUGCUUCUGGGAAGGGCCUGAUCCUCAAGGCCGGAUCUGCCGACAAACCGACACUUGUCGCAAAGCCGCCUGCUCCCCCGACGCCCGUCAAGUCACCAUGGGCGCCUCUUCCGCCUAUCGAGAAAGCGCCGCCAGUUGUCGCCGAGUCAUCUGCGUUCCACACCGGCACGAGAUAUUCUGCCAGAGACCAGUACGCUACGAGCAACACCCCACCGCCUCACCAUGCCAAGGAGAUCGCCGCCGAUGAUUUUAGUCGUUCUGCUUGGAGAGAAGGGCCUGCGGUGGGCGGAAACAGGGAACUAUUCAACUCCCAGUCUGGGCGUUACGAGCCAGCACCUGAUCGAAGGGGCUCCAUGCGGUCCGACGCUCACCCCAGACAACCCGCCGUGCUACAGCGCCCAUCUCAGUCUGAUCACCCUGAGCCGUCUGCCGCUUUCCAGACAAACAGGAGUUCGGUCCCUGAUGGUCCCUAUGGCAGACGUCGCGGAUCCUCCGUCGCUAGUGGUGGAAGUGGGUCGUACUUGCAACGACCGGGCAAGGGCCACGAGAUGCCGAUGCCUCCCCAGGAUUUACUCAGCGCUCGCAGAGGUUCCAUGGCCGGGUCAAUCGACAGCCCUGUUUCCCCACGAAACUUCUCUCCCUCGGGCUUGCAACACGGCCCUCGGAUGCAUGGCAACCAGCAAUGGCAGCCUCGGCCUUCGCCAGGAACCAAUUAUGCCACCUUGCAUACAUCAGCCCCUCAGCCGGACAAUAGACCGGUACAGCCACCCCCGAUGGCCCGUUUGGAGGAGGAUCUUGAACUGCAGAAGAAGAUUAUGCGCGAGAAGCGAGAGCUGGCGAUGCAGAGAAGACGCGAAGAGGAGGCCCGCGAGGAGGCCGCAAGGAAGGAACGCAUCAAGGCGAAGUUGGAAGCCAUGGGGCCGCCUCCGGAACGCAAGAGUGCCAAGAAAGAUUCAUCGCCCGAAGACACUAACAGGGCCGCUCAAACACAGGCACAAUCUCAACAACAGGACGGCUCUGCUGGCCCAGAUGCGGGUUCACAACCAGCAGCGAGCUCGAGUUCAUCCAUUGCGCCAGCAGCAACUGACGCUGAAGUGAGUGAUAAAUCGUUCAGCGAAAGGCCCAUCAUCGCUGGCGGAGACCCUGGCAGAAUCCAGGGUGGGCAAGAUGCCAGGCAACCUGAUUCUUGGGUGGCGGCUACACCUCAACAGGAACGUCUGCCGAGCUGGGGCUCCUCUGCUCCUCAAGCCCCUCGCAACGUUUGGGGGUCGCCUAAUAACGAUCGCGGGCUCGGCAACGGAACUUUUAACACUGAUCUGGGUCGUUUGCCUGGGUCGCAGGUGGCUCAGCUACCCGGCCAGCUUGCUCCGGUCCAGAAUAGCAAGGGCCCCGAACCCAUCGCACCACCACCCGUCGUGCAGCGGGCACCGCCCCAGAUUCCGGUGGCCAAUCAGUCUCGUUCAGGACAUGGUGGCCCGCGGGAAGCAAACGACAUGAGAAACAGAUGGGCCAACUCAGUGCUGGAGGGGGAUAAGGUGGUUUUGGACGAGAAGAGAACACAGCGUCUCGAGCGCAAUCGGACUCUCGCUGAGCGCGGACUUACCAUUGAGCAAGCCCAAGCCUCGAUCAAAGAAACAUGGCGGCCCUCUGGAGAUAGCAGGCGCGAUGCCGCACACGUCAUUCACCACGAUGUGUCUUCUCGUAGCGUUGAUCACCCCUCGGUACCUGCUGGCCCAUCGGCGGGUUCAAUCCUGCCUCCCACCGGACCAUCAGCCGCUACCCAGUCGCGAUCUUCCUCCAGAUUCUUCCCGCCCAAGGACGGCAGACACGAUCAUUCAGGCUCCCAUUUGGAGCCAUCGAGGCCCAGCUCUCCUUCUCCGCCGCCUCCGGACAUGUUGGGACACCCAGCUUUCGACGGAGAUGCCCUGCAUCCCCAUGUAUCCCUUCCCCGUCCGCAUCCUGUUGUCAAGCUGCCCCCUUCAGCUUCGGCUGCGCACCCCGCGGCUUCCAGAUCCACCGGGCAAUUCGCUUGGGCUACUCCGGCCGGAUACAAGGACGGACCUGGAUCUCAUGCUCGCGGGCCUCACCAGCCGAGCCAUGCGCCGCAACGGUCGCAGGACAACACCGGAAAUGAGAAUUGGCAGGAUCGUAUCAACAACCUGCUCACAGGACGAAAGCCAAACUCACCGCCAAAGGCACCAGGUGUCGAACCUGUCACUAAGAGUGCUCUCGACUAUUCGGGCCAUUUCAACCCGGCCACUGUCUCUUUGCCUCGUUCUAUCGUUCCGCAGUCAUCUGAUGAUGUAAAGUCUUUCAACACGAAGCCGAUGGCAGAGGAAUGCUUUGAGGAACAGGAGAUGGGGUCGCUCCCUCAAAUUCGAAUUCCGCACAAGACUCCGGAUGCUGCGUGGCACCCAGCUGCCGCUCCGACCAAGCCGCUGCCGAGGCGCUUCUGGAUAUCCGACGUUGAGACAGUCCGGUCAUUGUGGUUCCCUCACGAGAUGUCCAACAGCAGCAGCGUGUACCGCAUCCUUCUCCCCGGAAUGGCCGAGGCCAAAACGGUUCCCCUUCCGUCCUCUCGAUCGGGUAGCAACUCACGACGAUCUAGUGGGCGUGGGCAGCGCGGAUCUGGCCCAAGUCAUCGGGGCAGCAAAGGUCGCGAGUCUUCUUAUUCGGGCGAGGCAAGCAACCCGAACCCCCCUCCCAGCCGGGGAGGCCGAGGCGGCUACCGUGGACGUGGGUCCGAGAACUGGUCGCGUCGGACACCCCCUACGCAGGCAGCUUAA